CCUAUAAAUAGUGCCCUAUUGUCAGUGUAUAAAAAGAUGAAGCAUUUCUCAUAGCACACAAGCAUGUCCAAUUAAGAGUUAAGCCCUGCCAGUGCUAAAAAUGAAAGGCUGCAUCAACUCAUAAUCUAGUCUUGGGGUAGGCAUACCACUGGAAAGAGUUCAGUACGUCAGUUAGAGUCUGAACUGCUUUCACUCACUGACAUAAAGCAGCAAGUCAUUUUUCUGUCUUGGCAAUGGAAGGAGUUGUUAUAAGACACUGGGUGGAAACACCUGUCCGUUACCAGGAGCAGUUUGCUGACCAAGAGCUGGACGCAUAUAAGCUGGAGCACUCUUUGUAUGCUUUGCCAGGCCCAUCCACAUCCUCUGUGAGAAUCAACAAGCAUGUAAUUGCAGCAGAGAAAAGCAGCACUGGGGAAAAUGAGCAAAGCUUUCAGGUCCUACUGGAUGUUGUGCAAUUCCGCCCUGAAGAUAUCAUCAUUCAGACUUUCGAAGGCUGGCUCCUGAUCAAAGCUCAGCAUGGACCCAGGAUGGACGAACAUGGUUUCAUAUCCAGAAGCUUUACUAGGCAAUACAAACUGCCAAAUGGAACCGAAACAAAAGAUUUGUCCGCUGUCUUCUGUCAUGAUGGCAUUUUGGUUGUUGAAAUGAAGAAUGCUUCAGGAACGAGUUAAUGUUUUAUUAAUAAUCUUUUUCCUCGUGUAACUGUGUAAUGCUGUGCAAUAUAGUCAAGCACUUGGA